UUUAGCACUGAGUGUAAACCGAGAAGGUUGAAGUUGGCCCAGGUAUUGCUGGAUACGCGGAUAUACGCGGACGGACUGCUGCUCGCUUGAGAGGACCUCCGUGACGUGUGUCAGUGACUGAGAACGGGUUUGUGUAAUCAACAGGUAAAUACAGAUGAGCAAGAAGCCUGGCUGCUGCCUGUCUCAGAGAACAUAGUCACAGCGUCCCUGCCCGGGCAGCUCGUCAUGGAGAAGUCCGCUCGACGACACGGGGUGGAUGAACCCGCCGUCAAUCUACUCAAUUUUGUAGACAUCGCUUCUAGUAACAUUAAAUUGGCCUUGGACAGACCCGCCAAAUCUAAACGAAAGGUUAAUCACAGGAAGUACUUACAGAAGCAGUUGAAACAAUGUGGUAACACGCCAUCAGACUCCGCGGAGUCCCCAACAACGGUGCUAACCGACACCAACAAGAGCGCUCUUAAUCGACAAGGUUUGUGCUUCGUCAAAAGCAGCCGCAAAGAAACGUCUCAAGCAGGCCUUCAGCAGAGGUCACUUCAGGCAUUGUUUGACCCUCGAACAUUGCACGAAAAAUGUUGCACGGACCCCGUGAGUAGAUGCCAGUCGGGGGCCAAUAAAUUACCUCUCAGGAAGAGGAACCUUCCAGCCUCCUUCUUCACCGAACCCAGUCUUCACGUGAAAAGACGGUGUGACCCCACGGACAGAAACCCCGCUUACUUCCUGGAGCCCAUAGAAGAGCUCCCACAUACCCCGACGACAGCUUCUCUGCCGAGUUUCAAUAUCAUGUACAACCAACAGCAGUCAUACAAGAAACAGAUGCAGAGCUCUGAAAUAGACACUCGUGAUUACGUGCAGUUUCCUUCGGAAUCUCUCGAAGCUUUCCUCGAACAUACUCAGUUUUCCGAUCUGCUGUCACCCGUCUGUGGAUCUGGGUGGCAAGAGGAUACCGGUUCGCUAAACAGUAAUUCUCCGUAUGGUGCCACCGCCGAGCCCUGCAGCCCACUGUCGUCUUACUCUGACCAUUCCGACCCUGUCACGUCCACCCCUCCCCUCCAAAACAACUCCACCGAUUCCUCCUGGAUGCCCUGCUACAGCUCCACUUCCCUGACAAACUGUAACGAUGCUGUGUUCAGCAAUCAUGGAAUCUCUCAAAUAGACAAUGGCUUCUUGGAAUUCCAGACCCCAGAUCCAAAUUUCAAUACGGAUUACCUCAGGUGUAGUCAACUAGAGGACGGCAACCAUAGGUAUUGUGACAACACCACUCACGAACAAACACUUUUCAACAACGACAACAGCCGGGGUAAUAAUCUGCCGACUUUUCAGAAUGUAUUUUGUUCCAAUGCUGCUUCUAUCCACCGAUAUUCUACCUUGAAUUCUCCCAACUGGCCAGACGACCCUCAGCAACAGAUCUGCUUUUCAUUUGCUUAGACUUUAAUUGCUUUUUCGUGAAUUUGUUCAUGCUGCAGUAUUAUGUACGAACGAAGGCUCGUGCGAGAUAAUUAGAAGUGGUCCUUAGGAACCUGUGAGGCAAAGAUUUGUAUUGUAUCCUGACAGCAUAAGCCAUAUGAGCAUUCUAGAUCAUGUAUUACUUUGGUGAAGUAUUAUGCUAAACUUAACCCACAUUGUCUAAAUACCCAGUUGGCAAUGAUGAAAAUAACAGACAGGCUUGUCUGUUGGGGGACAAAUAUAGUAUGACAUUUGUUGAUAGAAUUGUUCCGUUAUGGUGACGUAAGUGUGGCUCACAUGAUUCAAUACCGCUGACAUCUCUUAUUUUUACUUGCAGACAAAGUCCGUUUGAGAAUGCUAUGUCCUUUAUUAUUUUGACAUGUUGCUGUUUUACAGCGAGCGAAUUUUUAAAUUUUUUUUUUGUCCUGUAAUAACCUCUCAGAUCUUUCAAGAUGAACAUAUCGAGUGUGUAAUAUGUUUUGUAACGAUUACUGGUUUAAUUCAGUAGAAUUGGUAAUUAUAUCUCUGGAUAAAUGCAUCUGAAGAUGCAAUAUUAAGACGGUGAGAAGUAUCUGCCCAAUGAAAUUACAGGUUCGGACCCAGCUCUCGCCAUAGCUCAACUUUAGUCUGAAGAUUUUUUGGUAGCUGGUGCAGGGCAGUGUUUUUUUAAACGGGACACUUUGGUUACCCCCACCUGCAAACCUAAUUGUCGUCGUAAAAGUUAAAACUUCAAAAAGACGAAACAAAUAAAUUACAUUUCCAGAUAGUGUAUAUCUAGCUUAAUUUAACGCUGUCACUCAGAAAUGCUACUUAUAAUUCCAGAUAAUUUGAAAUAACCGUCAUUACCUAAGGCAAUACACAUUUUAAAAGCUAAUAUAAUUGUUUGUGCAAACUUUUGUUGUUUUUGUGCUAUAUGUUUUUUGCAUUUUUCAUACGAUGACCCAUAUAUUUUUAGAAAAAAAGUUUUAGAUGUUAUCCUUUUAUAUAAUAUGUACAUGUAGAUGUUAAAUGUUGAAACUAAUGUAUUUUUAUGAUAAUUCCGUCCAGUCGUAUUAUACAAAACGCAAUGAAUAUGAAGUGUUGCCAAUGAUAAUAAAUUAAAGUUCAUAUAUUAUAAAUGUUUUUACUUAACCUUCUUGUUGGCUAAAUUGCUGCCUGCAUGAUUCAGUUGUUGUUGUCCAGUGUCCAGAUUUAUAUGCCUCCGUAUGGCGUACCAGAGGACUGAUUUCUCUUUGUGUUGCUACUGUUUAAAGAUAUCAGUUGUUUCUGUCGUUAUAAAGCCACUUAUCGUCUUCAGUUAAACGAACUCUAAUUAUAAUUCACACCAUAUUUUAGGAUAUCAAUUGAGAUCGCUGUAGGCCUAUUUU